GAGACGAAUAAUAAUAAUAAUAAGAAUAAGAAUGUGAGGAAGCACGUAAUUUUUUGCGGCUGGGACAAGCGUUCUAGCAUGAGCGCGAACGAGCGCGAAGAAGAUGGCUGGGCCAAUCAGCCGCCGCGAACGAAGUGCCCGGAGUUGAUCCAUCUCGACUUGGCAAUAGAUUCUGAUGGGCCAGGGAUGUUUUUUCGCAUUCUGAGCCUCUAUGGCCCGAAUCAUUGGAGGGAAGAAGAGAAGGCGAAAAUAUCCCGCAAAACUAAUGCAUGGAUCCAAAUGGUGCACGUAUCGGAUCAACGGAUUGUGGAUAUGUUACUCUACUCCCGCAGCCGCAGCGAUAACCUUGAUUUUAGGGGCAUUGGCAAAUUUGGAGUAGACGGGAGAGAAAAUAUUAGAUUCGUGCGAGGGUUUGGACAGAAAUUCCAGAUGACGUCCACUAGGAGUGUACCCGCGCCUUGCUGCACGAAAUCAGGGGCUGAACCUCUCGAUCAUGUGAUUUGAGGGAAGGAGUGAGAACACAAAGGAUGAAGCGCCCC